GCUGUUUUACGAUCUCACACCUAUUUUCAUACUCGAAUUGUCACCAUCUUAUCUUCUCGCAUACGUAAAAAUUAACAAUGGGCUGCUGUUGUUUUGCUGGAGAUGUCCUCGUUAACACGAAAUCCGGUGGGGUAAAGCGGAUGGACCAGUUAAUUCGGGGUGAAGAAAUUCUGACCCUUUCGAAAGCGGGUGGUGCCCCAAAGUACACCCAGUUUUACACGUGGAUCCAUCGAGAAGUGGACAGAGAGACGGAAUUCGUCGUGAUUAAGACAAACACGGGAAAAAUGCUGAAAAUUACGGGGGAUCAUUUGCUCUUUGGGGAGGGACGCGUGGCCAUGAGGGCGGGAAUGGUGAAAAACGGCGACAAAAUUUGCACUAUUUCUCGUGAUGGAACCUUGGUUGAAGAAAUCGUCAUUGACGUUUCCAUGGAAAUGCUGACCGGCGUCUACGCCCCAUUUACGAUGAGCGGGGAUUUCAUCGCGAACGGAUUCUUGGUCGCGUGCUACUCCGACAUUGACAAUUUCGACGUUGCGCAUGCAUCCAUGCUGCCCUUGAGGAUGUUCCACAAACUGGAUAAAUCCUGGAAGAAGGGGAAUAAAAAUCAAGAGGGGCUUCACAUCUAUGCCAGAAAUUUGAUGAAAAUUUGGGAAAAUUUGCCAUCCCGAGUUCAAACGGCGAUUCAAAAGUGAAUCGCUGCUCGCUGAGUUCUACGUUCGCAUGGAAGCCGAUAAACUCCAUAAACGAAAACAUAUUUACUUAUUAGCUUUAUGAAAAUUUGUAUGCAAUGAAAUUUUUAUUUGUAAUGAACACAUUAUGUAAGCCACAAUUUCUGCUAAGCAUAGUUUUAUGUAAUGUAUUGGGAAUGAGGUUAAAUAUUCCAUAAUUUUAGCUUCAAUCUUUAUUAAAAUAAGGUUUUUUAAGAAAAUAAAGAUGCAAAAAUAUUUUUCAGUUGCAAUGUAUA